GCAAGAUCAGAGCUCAGUCUGGUUAGUAAACUGCGUUGGAAUACAAGAACUUUUCGAAUGCGCUGUAUAUAAAAUCGCAAGUUUCAAUAUUCAAAUUUCGUUUACGUCGCCGCAUAAAACUUUUUCCGAUUUCAUCAAAGAUGAACGAAAUUGCCACUUAGUAUACAAAAAAACAAAAUAAAUAAAUAAUAAUACGUACACUGAAAAUGUAUUUGCAAAAGCUUCGUUCCGGUCAAGUGCUGUGCUUGUUUUUUGCCACCUACGUCAUUGUUGUGCCAGGCACAGGAGCAGCUUCCAAUUUACUGACUAGUUAUUUGCCUGCUUCCAUGCAAGCGCUCGCCUAUUACAUCGACUAUUUGCAAUACGAGCCAAUAUCGACUACCACAGUCGAGCCACCGUUUAGUGUAAGCGAUGACGAAUUGACUAAUACAUUUAAUGCUUCACCAACGACAACACCGUCACCAUCCUCUACAAGUAAACCCUCAUCGUGGAUCUCUAGUGGUUCACUAUGGGGUGGUACGUCUACCAAGCCACCAACAACACGACCCCCACCAACACGACCACCACCAAAUCAAAGUACCUCAACGUCUAGCUGGUGGCAACCACCCAUUUGGUGGCAUUCCACCACAACCACUACCAAGAAGCCUACAGCGCCGCCAACACCCACACACAAACCAGGUCUUUAUGCGCCAGUAAAGUCGUCACCAAUCAAAACUCAACCGCAGCAACGGGUGGGCCAUGAGGUUUUCGAUGAAAUUGGCGAUAAUACAGAGGGCUUUGAUAAGUUGACAUUAGCGCUGAUACGUGACAUUCAAACUGAGACAGAACACGACGAAUUCACCAACGAUGUGGAGUCCUUGGAUAAUUUUUUGCGCCUUUACGAUGACAACUAUGGUCGUGCUGCAUUUGAUACCGACAAUACGUUGGAUCGUUGGUCCAGUACAUCGACAGCAGGUAAAAAACGUGUGCCACCUACAAAACCGUAUGUGGAGUUUCUACUUGUCUACGAUCUGUUGAAACGUGACGCUAAAGCGGCUAACCUUAGCAAAUACGAGGGCUAUUCGGAGGAGCUGUUGAGAGAUUUGCACGAACUGUCCAGUGCUUCGGCGGAACGCCAACUGUAUACGCUUUUCAAGCGUAUGUUAGAUCGCGGUGAUGUACAACGUAGCGACGUAGUCUCUCGCAUUCAGGGUAUAAUGAAGGACCUAGCCAAUCCGAAGAGUGCUACUGUAAAGGAGUUGCGCUACAUUCCAGCUAUGCCAUUUGAGCCAUGAUUAAUUGUGUCAAGUGUGUAAAAUCAAUAUUUAAUGCAAUAAAACAUGUUCACAAAACAGAAAAAAAUUAAAUCGGUUUCAAUA